AUGUCGAAGAUCACAGUCGUCGGCGAGCUCUUGGAGUACUCCAACGAGACCAAGAAGCGCAAUUUUCUUGAGACGGUCGAGCUCCAGAUCGGCCUGAAGAACUAUGACCCCCAGCGUGACAAGCGUUUCUCCGGCACCAUCCGCCUCCCCUCGGUGCCCCGCCCCAACAUGGCUAUCUGCAUCCUUGGUGACCAGCACGAUCUCGACCGUGCUAAGCACGGCGGUGUCGACGCCAUGUCCUCCGAUGACCUGAAGAAGCUCAACAAGAACAAGAAGCUCAUCAAGAAGCUUGCGCGCAAGUACGACGCCUUCAUUGCUUCCGAAGCUCUCAUCAAGCAGAUCCCCCGUCUCCUCGGUCCCGGUCUGUCCAAGGCUGGCAAGUUCCCCACCCCGGUCUCCCAAGCCGACGACCUCUCCGGCAAGAUCACCGAGGUCAAGUCCACUAUCAAGUUCCAGCUCAAGAAGGUUCUCUGCAUGGGCGUCGCCGUCGGCAACGUUGAGAUGGAGCAGGAGCAGCUCACCGCCAACAUCAUGCUGGCCAUCAACUACCUCGUCUCCCUCCUCAAGAAGGGCUGGCAGAACGUUGGAAGCCUCGUCAUCAAGGCCUCCAUGUCUCCUCCCCGCCGCCUGUACUAA